CGUUGUUUCGCAGCGGCUGCUUGUUGAUCAGAGAAGAAGGUAAAAAAAUGGCAGCACCACAAGUGAAGACCGGUUUGUUCGUUGGAUUGAACAAAGGCCACGUCGUCACCAGACGCGAAUUGGCUCCUCGUCCUAAUUCUCGCAAAGGGAAAACGAGCAAGAGGACAUUGUUCAUUAGAACAUUGAUAAGGGAGGUUUCUGGGUUUGCUCCUUAUGAGAAGAGAAUUCAGGAGCUUCUCAAGGUUGGCAAAGACAAGCGUGCUCUUAAGGUUGCUAAGAGAAAGUUGGGUACCCACAAGAGAGCCAAGAGGAAGAGAGAGGAGAUGUCUGGUGUUCUCCGCAAGAUGAGGUCUGGUGGUGGUGGUGUUUCCGAGAAGAAGAAGUGAUCAUAUUAGUCUUCCUUUUGCGUUAUGGGAGCUAUGUUAUUUUUGAAACUCUUAAGUUUUUGUUCGGUCUUGCUUGUACUUCCAAAAACCUCUCUUUGCUGUCUUUUGUUAGGAAUGCGGAUUAAUGUUGUUGCACUCUGUUCCGUUUUAUUAAAGCUUUUUAAACUUCUUUUAUUGAGAGAAUAUGGCAAAAAAUGCUCUUAA